CACCCAUUUCUCAGCAGAGAGGCGGCCAGGGCAUACAGAGGCACAGUGGCAGCUGCAAAAGUCACCAACACACCCACCAGUUCUCUUAGCAUCCUCUUUAGCGCGUAUCAUACCCCUAGUGCGCCUGCGCGAAAAAUAACCGCCCACUCGUGGAAUAAUGGCAGCGAGCAAGGCGGGGAGAAAGACGCUGACGUUCGUCACAGGCAACCCCAAGAAGCUGGAAGAGUAUUAGCUGAACAUGAUCACCAGCCACACCCCCAACACCUCAUUUUUAGAAUACCGACAGCCUCAGACCUGCCAAUGGCCAUGAGGUACCGCGUCCUCCAGAAGACGUACAAACAGAUGGUUGGAGUGUACCAGUCCUACAUCCAUGGACUGGGGCUGUUCUGCCGGAGAGACAUUGAGGCUGGGGAGAUGGUGAUAGAGUACGCCGGCACCGUCAUUAGGUCCGUCCUCACUGACAAGAGAGAGAAGAUGUAUGAUGCCAAGGGCAUUGGGUGCUACAUGUUCAGGAUAGAUGCAGAUGAUGUUGUGGGUGCUACGAUGUCUGGCAACGAGGCCAGGUUUAUCAACCAUUCCUGUGAGGUGAGUACUAGCAUCUCUCUUCUAGCUUCAAAAAACUUACAGAAGAAGAUAAUGAUAUUUGCUCUAAGGAGGUCAGCCACGCACCAGCUCUAUUAUAUUUUACAAACAAGGCUAGAUUGGCACAUGUGUAUUUGACUUCACGUGUCACUUCCAAUGUUACGUGCAUAAACAUGUAAAUUACGUGUGCGUGUGUGGAGAAAUUUUCACAAUUGAAUGCAGCAUGCAAAGAGUUAACUUGAAGCUCCUCCCACCACUGUAGGAUCGUACCAGGUGAAGAGCUGACGUAUGACUACAAGUUUCCUCUGGAGGAAGCCAAGAUACCUUGCAACUGUGGCACUAAACGAUGUCGCAAGACCAUGAACUGACCACACCCCCUUCCCAGUGAACUGGCCACACCAUCUGACCACACCCCUCUUCUAUAACUGACCACACCCCCUCAAUAUGAUGCUUUCUCUCUACCCUUUCCCUCUCUUUCAGUCUUUGAUGCACAAGGUUUGGUGGCUGGUACUCUAUUUUGGCCGUUUUCUCUUCUCACCAAAUUUAUCACCAAAAAAUCUAUUAUCCUUGUGGAAUUUUUGUUACAUUUCACCUUAUAAACCCUUCUGCAAUUUUAUCUCAAAGUGAUAUAUACUAUUGUUCGACCCGUUCAAACCAUUCUCUGAAAAGUGUCUGCCUACACGAGGAAUGAUAUAUGUUUGCAUGUUAAUGCAUACUAACCGGCCAGUUAUAGAAGCACAAAGUAUGUUUACCCUUUCAGCAUGCACGAGAGCCGUGGAUUGAUAAGCCAGUCCAUGGAGUCUGGUUAACCAUCGAAAUGCAUAUUAUUACACAUAGGCAUACAAUAAUAUACACACAGUUACAACAGCCUAUGUUGAACUGUCACACAGUCACCAAAACCACCACCUGCUGCUCUUCAGUUUGGCACGAUCGGUGUCAAUCACUUUCUGGACGAAGACAGACCCAACCCCGACUGUCUGUGUUUCCGGGUCCACGUAGAAGGGGUGUGGCUG